AUGCAAAUACCAAUGUGGAAUGUAAGGUUGUAUGAGAAACAAUUCAACACAAGGGUGGUUUAUGAUGGACACCCUACUCUGUUUACCAUCAAGCUACGUCAUUGGGGUGAGUUCACAAAGUUUCCAGAUGUGAACUACAUUGAUGGAACUGUGACAUACAUUGACAUGGUGGAUAUAGAAGAGUUUUCUGUUCAUGAAAUGGAUGCCAUCAUGAAAGGGUUAGGAUACUCAGUUCCUCCAGUUAUCUAUUAUCAUUUUCAGUUGCCCAAAAGAGACAUGCAUUUUGGACUACGUGCCCUAGGAAACGAUGAUGAUGUUCGCAAUCUUGCCUAA